UGACAUUGACAGUAGAAGUUCGCGCUAAAUUUUCCCGCUUGUCGCCCAACAAUCAAGCGGCUUUUUGCUUGUCUUCGUAAUUAUUCAGUGAUUUUGUCUAAAAAGUUCCCUUUAUUAUUCUUAAUUCGUCAAUUUAUAUUGUUUCUAUCGUCCAAAAUGUUCGAAGCACGCCUUCUACGAAGCUCCAUUCUGAAGAAAGUCCUGGAAGCGAUUAAAGAUUUGUUGACACAGGCAACCUUCGAUUGUGACGACAAUGGAAUACAACUACAGGCUAUGGACAAUUCCCACGUAUCACUGGUGUCCCUCUCUCUGCGAGCAGAUGGCUUUGACAAAUAUAGAUGUGAUAGAAAUAUUUCUUUGGGAAUGAAUUUAGGAAGCAUGUCCAAAAUUCUUAAGUGUGCGGGUGACAAAGACACUGUAACAAUAAGAGCGCAGGAUAACGCUGAUACUGUUACAUUUGUAUUUGAGAGUCCUAAUCAAGAGAAAGUUUCUGAUUAUGAAAUGAAACUAAUGAAUCUGGAUUUGGAACAUUUAGGCAUACCCGAGACGGAAUACAGUUGUACAAUUCGUAUGCCCAGCGCUGAGUUUGCCAGAAUAUGCCGUGACCAGUCUCAGUUUGGAGAGUCCAUGGUCAUAUCAUGUACAAAAGAAGGCGUCAAGUUUUCGUCAAGUGGUGACAUUGGGUCAGCCAAUGUGAAGUUGGCGCAAACAGCGUCAAUUGACAAGGAAGAAGAGGCGGUGGUAAUAGAGAUGGAUGAACCCGUUACCCUCACAUUUGCCUGCCAGUACCUCAACUACUUCACCAAGGCCACUCCACUGAGCAGUCAGGUUCAACUAUCCAUGUCUGCAGAUGUACCCUUAGUUGUAGAAUACCGCAUUCCGGACAUUGGCCACAUUAGAUACUACCUGGCUCCCAAGAUUGAGGAAGACGAUAGUUAAGUUAGAUAUAAGUGGAUUUACACAUUGCACCAUACAAUAUCAGGCUGAUAAAAUACAAAAGAGAUGUGUUUUAGUAUUAAAUAUAAUAAACCCGUCUUUAUUGUUUCUUGUUACAAAUCAGACUAAAUCUUGAUUUGAAAAAAGAGAGCUCCUAUGUCCAAGACAAAGGUUUCCAGUUUAUUUUAUCUCAUAAUGUGUAAUAGUUCUAAAUGUUAAGUCCCAAUUUCACCAACGACUGUUAAAGUUAAUGGCCGAAUUAGUAUCACAUUACCCUUUUCGUUUUUCAUGCGAAUGAAAGAGAAGAUGAUAUUUUAACAAGCUGUUAACACUAACAGACGUUGGUGAAAUUGGGCCUUAGUUAAUUAUCCAUCAUGUUCGUUAAUAAUUUGAUUGUGAUAGGAUUAAAAGUAUUUUGGUAAUUUUUACAAUAAAACAUUUGGAUAUUCCA